AUGAACUCUGUUGUCACGAGAAAGAAGUAUAGAAGAUGCAAUAAAAAUAUAAAACUUUCUCGCCAAGAAGCUUUACAACUUCAGGUUGAUUUUGAGUGUGUAUUACUUGCUUUAUUAUCUCCUCACUAUGAAUUUGUUAUGACAAAGCCUCAGAAAAAGACUAAAACAUCACUUCAAUUUAUGAAAGUGAAAGAAGCAAUUUCAUGUAAUCCUAAAGAGGACCGUUUUGUCUUUGAUGUUCAAAAAUUUAUUAAAACACGGGCUUCAGAAAUGGUUAGUUCAGAAACAAGAAAUGGAAUAAGUUACUUAACGGCACAAAGAAGAAUUCAAGACUUAAAACAUAUUGAAACCAUUCACUUAUUUGAAGAUAUGUUAGGAGAAGAUUAUAUCUUUGAAAUUGGAUUUGAAGACCGUGAUGGUAUUCAUGGUUCAAUUCAUAUUUAUUUUCAUAAUCAAUUACUAUAUUCAACUAACCAAAUCAAAAAAAUUGGUCAAUCAAUUUAUUUGUACAUUAAUUCAAAAUUACCUUCACCAGACAGAAUUAUUCGUGUAAACGAACUCUCACCAUUUCUUUCUUUGUAA